AAGCUCUAGGGCUUGUCAGCGGCAGAAAACCUUGCGAUGUGGCUCGCAAGCUUUUGCUCCGCUUUGCUCCCAUCUGCGGAGCUUUGGGCUCAUUUUUGCAGGUCUUCGAAUCGCUUCUGACUUUGCAGCCCUUGAAUCGACUACUCGGUCUCUUUUCUGUAGCGGAGAGCAAUCCACACCGCAACCUUGGCAAGGAAUUUGAGCGGGAGAGAGAGAGAAAGAGAGAGAUAUAGAGAGGUCAAUACCAUAUUGAAAUGGCGGACGAGUUGGCAGUGACGACGGAGGCACUGACCUUGGACGAUUCCAAGGCCGAUCAGGUAGAAGUAGGGGAGAUUGUUGAGAAGCCCGUAGAUCGGCCAGCUGAGGUGAAGAAGCACCCAUUGGAGCAUUCGUGGACAUUUUGGUUCGAUAACCCGGGCGGGAAGCAAAAGCAGGCAACAUGGGGGAGCUCUCUUCGUGCCGUGUAUACGUUCCACACUGUCGAAGAGUUUUGGUGCUUGUACAACAACGUUUUGCAACCUAGCAAGCUGAUUCAGGGUGCGGAUUUUCAUUGCUUCAAGUCCGGAAUUGAGCCAAAGUGGGAGGAUCCCAAGUGUGCUCAUGGUGGCAAAUGGACUGCGCAGCCUCCUAGAAGCGGCGGCAAGGCUAUCCUUGAUACCUACUGGCUUCACACUUUGCUGGCUAUGAUUGGAGAGCAAUUUGACGAAGGUGAUGAAAUUUGCGGAGCUGUUGUGAGCGUAAGGAGGGCACAAGAUAAGAUUGCCAUCUGGACGAAGACUGCUUCCAACGAGGCCGCUCAGGUUAGCAUUGCAAAGCAAUGGAAGGAGGUUCUUGACUAUAAUGACAAGCUCGGCUACCUUGUCCAUGAGGACGCAAAGAGACAAGACAAGAGUGCGAAGAACAGAUAUACCGUCUAGAAAAUAGUGUGUGUUAGCAUAAAUGACAUGUGUUAGGACUGCCAGUUUUACAUAGGUUGGGCCACGUUGGUCAGUGACGUGUUCAGUACCUGCGAUGGCUAUCCGGUUUUUAGACAGUAGAGAACGCUAGAGUUUUAGGUUAACUGGCACAGUCUUGUAUCGCUUCAGUUAUGUAGGUUAGUGAAGAGCGUGAAAUUACUUCGGUUAUCCAAGGCUGUAGAUUAGAGCUAGGACAGUACAGUCUUAAUGGUGUACUCGGAUUGUUGUGAAACUCCCUGUUACUGACAUUUUCUGUCACAACGUCCGCUUGGGAUGCCGGCUGAGCGGUAUACGCGUUCUAUUUCUCAAGCGUUUAGCCGUUGAGGAGGUUUGCAUGUGAUCAAGAGCUUGAAUGCAAGAUGCUUAAAUUGAAAAUUCCUUAUUUUUGUGCA